UGCUGCGCGGUGCUGCGCGCCCCGUUCCCUCCUGACGCCUCCGUGCGUUAGGCUGCGGCUCUGGUGGAGGAGGAGACGCGGCGCUACCGGCCCACGAAGAACUACCUCAGCUACCUGCCGGCACACGACUGCAGCGCCUUGAGACCGAGAUCAUGCGGAACGAGUUCGAGCGCCUGGCGGCCCGGCAGCCCCUGGAGCUGCUCAGCAUGAAGAGGUACGAACUGCCGGCUCCUUCCUCUGGGCAGAAGAACGACAUCACGGCGUGGCAGGAAUGCGUUAACAACUCCAUGGCGCAGCUGGAGCACCAGGCUGUGCGCAUCGAGAACCUGGAGCUGAUGUCCCAGCACGGCUGCAACGCCUGGAAAGUGUACAACGAACAUCUGGUUCAUAUGAUAGAACAAGCCCAGAAGGAGCUUCAGAAGUUGCGGAAGAGCAUUCAGGAUCUGAAUUGGCAACGAAAGAACAUGCAGCUCACAGCUGGAGCUAAGCUACGAGAAAUGGAAUCCACGUGGGUGUCUCUUGUCAGUAAGAACUACGAGAUUGAACGAACAAUUGUGCAGCUAGAAAAUGAAAUUUCCCAAAUCAAACAACAGCACGGGGAAGCAAACAAGGAGAACAUCCAGCAGGACUUCUGAAAGCUGCUCUCAUCUGACCGCUGCUCCGUGUUUUUGCAUUUCCUACUCUGCUGUAAUAAGCUUUGCUUUGCUCAAUAAAGGCUGGUCCUCUCACCA